CAGGAAUUCAAAUUAGGUCAGGUUAGGUAGAUAGCGUUAAGGUGUCGCGAGUUGUGAUGAGGUGGCGAUAGAUAUCAUGGAACUCAUCCCUUUUACUGUGUUUUUCUGCGGCCUGCUAACUCUAGGCAGUGCCCUGCAGUGUUAUGUGUGCCAUAGUCAACCAGAUAACAAAGACAAGUGCAUUAAGACAACCAAACAGUGUACCGAAGACAAAGAUGCCUGCUCAACCAAGAUAUCUUGGAGACAACCGCCAUAUUGGAUCCCCAGAGCAGAGAGAAUCCAUAUGAUAGACAAAGACUGCACUACAAGGAGUGACUGUGAGGCAACGCGUUCUAUGCUUGGCAAGACACUGCGAUGCAAGCGCUACUGGUACAGGGACUGGGAUUGUGUAGAAUGCUGCCAGGGAGAUCUGUGUAAUUACUAUGCGACUCUAUCAGGAAGUUUACACAAGCCAAGCCUCAUUCUUGUUGCCAUGACAGCGUUUGUGAUAUUCCUCCUUCACCUGCGAUAACAGUGUCAGCAUACAUGUAUAGUAGUUGGUUAUCUUGAGUUUCAUUUCAUUCUAAUAUUUGCUGCAACUUUUGCCAUCUGACAUUCUACAUGAAGUUCAGUUGUAAACUAGUGAAUUUCACAAGCUUGUCGUGUUUUCACUUAUUGUCACGGCUUUUACAAAUACAUUUUGUAAUAAGCAGAAGCGUACAUUAUUUUUUUUUCGCAUAUAGAGAGUAAAUAUUUGACUUUUUGGUUGGCUGUGCUGAAAUUUCCGUAUAUUCAUUUCAAUGCAAGGAUAAUUCAUAAUGUUUGUAGAUCUUGUACAUACAUAAUACAUACAUGUAUAUGAGACUUCCAAGGCAUCUCUCUGUAUAUUUACAUUUUACAUAUUGAAUAGCAUAUAUUUUUAUACCUCCAGUAACAAAGUGUUAUAUCAUUGUACGACCGAUUCUGAUCAGCCAAAUAAAAAAAAAGUGUAAAAUCUUUGUAAGUUUAUACGUAUUCAGCGAAGCAUUUCACUGAUUAGAAUUUUAUUGUUUUUGAACUAGAAUAGAUCAUUUGCUCUGUACAUACUGAUAUCCAUUGGUUGUGUUCUAAGCACGAUAUAGUUUGUAUCAUCAGUCUGAAUGGACUUUCAACUGAGGUUUUGGUGGCAGAGUGGUUAAGGAGCUAGCCUGUCAAUCCUUAGUUCACCCAACACAUGGAUUUAAUACCAAUCUUGGACGCAGAAUUUCACUUCUUUAGUAGUUUUGUGGGGGCUUAGUGGCUAUAAGUGGUCAACCGUGCACAUACUGUAUGCCACUUUCCUGGCUUAAUUCCAGUGUAUGACAUAUAUCAUAUGUGGAGGAGUUUGUCAGUAAACUGGCCAAAGGUUGAUGGUUUUUCUAAGCAAUCCGGGUUCCUCCAACCACAAAAUGGGUUGUGAUUGUAGAAGUGAAAGAGAAAAUGACGUUAUACAACAAUAGAAUGAGAGAAAAAUUAAUAUGUCAGCCUCAUAGCAUUUAUAUCAGAUACGGUGGAUGGGUGGUGUAUUGCCCCAGUUCAGAUGGCAAGUCCUUCACCAGUGAGGUUGUAUGGUUGACACUUGUUGGUUCCUGUUAGGUACCAGACAAGGUGUGGUUGUCUCCCCUAUGUUUGGGGAUUUCUCCAAAGGUCUGUACGAGGUUUCCCCCCAGCCGCCCAUUGACCUAACAGCCAUCGUAUAAAUGAAAUGUUAUCAUUUUAUGAAAUAUAUUAUUAUAAUUAAUUCCUGCCAUGAAAGGACAGAAGCAAAUAAUCUCUGGUAGUUCAUUUGUAAAUAUUCAUGUCCAAGGAAAAAUUAUUGAAGAAUUUUUUAUUCUCUUUAUUAGCAUUGUAUGUACAUAUUCUUUUUAUAAAUAAAGUCAUUUUAGUGA